UGGAACUUCGUGGUAGGUCUGGUCGGCAAGCCGUCAGCGGGCAAGUCAACACUCUUCAACGCCCUUGUCAACCCAGUCAGGCCCGAGGACGAUGCGAGGAUGGAGUCUUUCCCCUUCACGACGAUCCUUCCCAACACAGGUCAGGGCUACUUCACUGUCCCCUGCCCCUCCCCUGCCAAGGAUGUAGAGGGCACGAUGACGCCUGCCCAUGGCUUCGCUGGAAACGGCGAGCGGCUAUUGCCGAUCCAGGUGAUCGAUGUGGCUGGUCUUGUGCCUGGGGCAUACCAGGGCAGAGGGCACGGGAACGCGUUCCUCAACGACCUGUGUGGAGCAGACGUGCUGAUCCAUGUGGUGGACGCGUCGGGAGGGACUGACAAAGGCGGCAACCCGACGGAAGCUUCUUUCUCCGGGCUCGGGAGAAGAGAGGAGAAGGCAAAGGAGGAGCAGGAUGUCUACAGACCGAGUGAUGACGUGGCAUGGGUACGAAACGAGAUCCAUCGCUGGAUCUACAACAACAUACAAGCAAAGUGGGCCUCCGUCGUCCGGCUCGGCGUCGAUCGACUGGUCGAGCUGCUCAGCGGUUACCAUGCGUCUCGCGCGGUAGCCGCAGCAGCUCUGAAGAGGAUGGGACUCCGCCUUUGGAUGCCCAUCGACCUUCACCGGCUCGUCGCUCACUUCCUCCGGGUCAGGUUCCCCAUCCUCCUCGCCCUCAACAAGUGCGACCACCCGGACUCGGAGGGGCACGUGCAGGAGCUGCUGCGAAGGUACGACAAGGAG